CAGCUUCCACAACCUCACUCGAUUAUUUAUACUAACAUUUUGUCAAUAUUGUUUUUUUAUAUGGUUGCGAGUGUUAUGGCGCGAACUGUUCGUAUCGAAGAUCAUGUGCAAACUUUACUUGAAAGUUUGCCCUCUGAUGACAGGGAGGCUGAUCCAGAGACUGCACAUAGUGCCGUCGCCGAUCUGGCACACAAGUGUCUGCAGGAUAUCUCUAAAAGAGAUGUCGACCUCACCUGCUCUGUGCUCUUCUCUGAAGAUAGAGGUGUUUUGAUAUUUCUGAGGAGAGCAAUUCCCCUGGAUGAGUUCAAGUUGGCAAAAAAAGAGCUCCUUCAGUUGUUACAUAGUUUCAUUAACAAAGGCCAAACUCGAAUCUUGACCUAUGCAGUAGACAUUAAGGAUACCUGCUUGGCUGUGUUCAGUCGUGAUCGGCAAGCUGAUGUGAAGAAUGCGACGUUUCCACUCCUGAUCAAGGUGCUGCAGUUGUGCCGUGGCUCGCAGACACAGGCAAAGCUUGACGUACCUAAGCUUAUUGACAGGUAUUUUAAUGAGCUGACGCAGUCAUCUAGGCUCACUAGUACAGUGAAGCAGGGAGUGUAUCACCUACUGGGCGUGAUCGCUGAAAGUUACCCGGAGCUGAUGGUGGCCUAUGCUGACAAGCUGAUUAGCAUCUAUGUGAAUGAGCUCAAGAAUCAGAUGAAAUCCAAGACGAAGAAACCAGAGUACCCUGUUAUAACUGGAUGUCUGAGAGGACUCACUUGCUACCUCAACACAUUCAGUCAGUCCGCAGACGAGGGCAGCGGGUACGCUCGCGACGUGUACGACUGUGUGAUGCGAUGCACGGGGCAGCACCUGAGUGAGAUCAGGCGCUACGACGUCGCGAAGAGCGCGCUCUGGCUGCUCGCCAAACAUGCCGCCCAGCUCGACCGCUUCUUGCUGGCAGACUACAAGGCAGUCUACAGUUGCCUCAGAUCUUGGUCUCGUCAUCAUAACCGUGAUGUGCAGAUUGCAGGCUAUGCUGCAUUGGAGGCAGUACUGAAACAGAUCGCUAGUGUGCUUGUAGAGGGAGGUGAAGAAACUAGACAGAGAGACACCAUUGUUUUUACUUUCUUCGUUCGUGAGUUCCGCACGAUCAUCGAGGCGGGAACGGACACACGUGACGUCGCCAUCGCCGUGCGCGGAUACGGAAGCUUCGCAACUCCAUGCAAGCUAUUCCUGAGUGAAGCUGACGUGCAGUACAUGUUCACCGACAUGGUCGUGAGGAGUCGGCAGAUCUUUCACUCAGGAGAGGAGAUGAUCGACAGUAGGAUGGUGGAGCUGCCACCGCUCCUGGAAGCACUGGCAAGCAUCGUGACCGAAUUGGAUCAGGUGUCGGAAUCGUUCCUCGCUUCCCUGGAGCAGCUGGUCGUCCUGCUGUUCGGGAAUGUUCCGCUGCUACGCCGUGAGUCCCGGCUGGACCAUCGCGCGUGUGGGGCCGUGGUUCGCGUCCUGCUCGCCCUGAGAAGCAAGCGAGCAACGCAGCGAUCGCUGGUCAAACGUGUAGUGUUUCAAGGACUAUUGAGUACAUGCUCUCACCCUGUUGCCAUGGAAACCAGUUCAGUAUUUUCUCAGAAUGCAGAUGAUGUAGAUGAUGAUUUUCAGGAACGCGAUCCACGCAACAUCACAUACAUUGACUACAUGGACAUGUGGCGCCAUCUUUUGGGGAGCGACAAAAUGAAGGGACUGAAUGAGCUGGGAGUGUCUAUGUCAGACAGGAAGGCGUUGACCUGCUGUGUAUACGAUGAGAUUGUCACCUCCUUGAUGAAGAUCGUAGGAAAGUUAGAUCUCAGCACAAGCAAGAGCACCGACCCAUCUCAGGUGCAUGAUGGUAGCGGAGGAGCGAGUUCCGAAUCUCCUGACGCGUAUUCAGGUGGUAGUGACUUCGCGGAUGGACUUGUUCCUUGUCGACCCAAAGACUUCCUUGUCUUCUUCAACCUUGUCGAAUUCACGAAAGACCUACUAUCAACCAAUCAGACAGCAUUGUUUCGUCGCUGGAUCUACACUUAUGGACACGAAGUUAUCUUGUUGUCCACCAGGUGGCCAGUUGUCAGUGGUCUAUACAAACUGUUGACCGUGUGUCUGAGCAUCUGCUCAUCACUGCAAUAUUUCAAGGCGAUGAGGAAAGUCAACGACUCACAAUUGCAUUCUGAAGCAAUGGAGACUGACAGCCCUGAUGCCGUUGAUAAUGCAGAGAUACUCAACUGUUUUACACUGUUUAAAAAAUUCAGUAAAGAAGUUUUGGUUAAACUGAAGAUGUUUCGUGGAGACCUGCUUGUGGCUUGUCUACAGCUCGUCAUGGCCCUUCCUUAUGAGAUUGUGGUUGAUAUAGUGCCAGAGAUUGUGCCUGCAGUGCAGGUUGCACUGAAAAUUGGAUUGAGUUAUCCACCGAUGGCACACACGACCUUGGAUGCCCUUGAAAUGUGGGUGGCUAACCUGCCUGCUGAUGUCAUGCAGCCUUACUAUAAACAAAUCCUGCCUCAUCUAGAUGGUUACCUCAAGACAACAGAAGGCGCAGACAGCGUACCCACGCCGACGGUUGCUAUUACGUCUGCUAAUGCCACUAGAGGGCGCAAGAAGAUUCCUGUCAAAUUGCUGCAAGGAAGCGGGCGAAAGAUGGCCGAGGAUUCAGCACUGACCACGGCACGAAUGCGCAUCGUUCGCUUCUUAGGAGGGCUAGGUGGUGCAAAUAACAUCAGUCUGAUUAGCUGUGAUGCGGAAGACAUUGCAAAGGUUGCAGUAGCCUGGGAUGCUGAGAAGAACCUCAAGUUUGGUGUGCCGUUUGCUGACAUGAAACCGGUGAUUUAUUUUGAUGUCUUCCUGCCAAGAGUGACAGAUCUGGCGCUGUCGUCGAGCGACAGACAGACGAAGGUUGUCGCGUGUGAGCUGCUUCACGCGCUGCUGCUCUACAUUCUCGGUACAGGAGCGCAGCAGCCAGACAGCAUCAAGUCAAAGAGGCCGAUGAGCGCCCUCUACUCGCGGCUGUUUCCCGUGCUACUGCGGCUGGGAUGUGACGUGGAGCCUGUUGCUAAGCAACUGUUCGAGCCUCUCGUCAUGCAGACGAUACACUGGUUCACACUGAACCGAAUGUUUGAGAGUCCGGAGACAAUGUGUCUGCUAGAUGCCAUUAUGGAAGGUAUCGUGGAUGCUACAGACGCUGCACUGCGGGAUUUCUGUGGCAGCUGCAUCCGGGAGUUCCUCAUCUGGUCGAUCAGGCAGACGACGGUCCGGCAGCAGGAGCGUAGCCCCGGUAACACAAAGAGUCUGCUGAAGCGCAUGUACAGCCUCGCACUGCAUCCGAGCGCGGCGAAGAGACGUGGCGCCACCCUGGUGUUCAACAACAUCUACACCGUGCUCAGAGAAGAGGAGAUGCUGGUAGACACGUUCAUCAUAGAAAUCCUCGUGACAUUCGUCGACAGCUUGGCAUUGGCGCACAACGAUGAGAAAUCGCUCGGAACACAAGAGCAGUGCGCACAAGCUCUGGACCACAUUGAAAGGAUCCUCAGAGGCAAGGCACAUCUGCUGAACAAAGACAAGAAGAGUAGGAGAAGGCCAAAGGAGUUUACCGAUGCCACUCUAUUCACAACCGUCGGCUGGCUGCUGCAGCAGUGCGGUAGACCGCAGACGGAGUGUCGACACAAGUGCAUGGAGCUGGUGUGCAAACUGUCGAUGCACCAGUCUAAGUUGCCGGUGAAGUCGGCUGCCGAAUUCUUCCGACUGUUGCUCGACUUGCAUAGAGCGGAGUAUUUCAUCGAGAGGUUUGAGGCAGGAGGGAUUCCAGGUGGAGCCACGUGUCUAUCUAACCAGCAGGAAGGGUUUGAAGCACCCAUAUCCAUGACGACAGCUUUGAGCUGGUUUGACCACAUGCUGGCAAUACUCGACUGCUACACGUGGGUGUUUUCUGCAAAACUCCUACAGCCAACGGCUCUGUUCGCAGGUGGCACUGGAAAGCGCGAGGAACGAACGUGUUUUGCUAUGGUGUCUGACUUCAUGCGCCCAUCUGGUGAGGAGAGACGGCGGCGGCGGCGAUGGGCUGACAGGAGACAUGUUCACCCGGGAGAGAUGGAGAAAUACAACCGCUCCAAGUGCAUGGUUGUCAUACGCGCAAUGGACCUGUUCUCUAUCCUACUGAACAUGGCUAGCCUGCAAGUUAUACCCGAUUCAACAUGGAGCAUGGAAUUGUGGGAUGUCGUCCUGUUAUCAGUUCUUGACCCAACGCGCGUGGGAUUCAACAUGGCUGACAUCGAGGUGGUUGAGAAGUUACCCGAGCAGACGGAGCGUUUGUUGAUAGCAUUGUCAUGGAAACUACCCAAUGCACCAAAGAAGGAACUGCACAGCAGAGUGGCCAGGAGCUUGUCAGAGAAGAAAUACAAUAUUCUUCCACGGCUGCCCUGCCUUAUGACAGAUACUGGAGAUGACACUCGAUAUCUCUCCAGCCUUGUUUGUGGAUAUGAGCAAUUGUACAAGGCUGAACUACUGCUCCCUGCACUCCAGGAGGCAGCACCUGCACUCCCCGCUAGUUUACUAACUUCUGUGUUUGAAGGUUGCACCCUGAGUCCUAGGGAUGGUGUAUCUUCUCUUACUGGAAUGUCACCAUCAGUGCGGGAGCUGGGAGGGAGGAUGCUGAGGCUUGCAUUCACCAUGAAGGUGGAGAGUGACUCACUGCUGAGUUUGUUGUUCGAUGACACACGGCUACUAGGUGUCUCUGCUAAGCAGACAACAAAGGGUUCCAUGUUCUACUCGACUUUCGGACACGAAAUCAACAACCAUCUGGUUGGCAUGGCAACAGUGUUGAUACCGAAAGUGUUGGAUAGAAUUAACAACCGGGAGUCGGUUGUCAUGACGAUCCUCACGGAUCUUCUGGACCAGGUUGGCAAGGAUCGGGAGACUCGGAAAAGGUAUGGAUCAGGCGUCGUAAACACAGUGCUGCAGUGCUGGGGUCAUCUGCGUGACCUCUGGGUUGCAACCUCCACGCCGGACAGGAAGGACAUGUUGCUGAUGCUGCUGCGAAAACUCCUCCUCAUUGACAGCAGCGUGGCUACCAAGGGGAGCCACUCUGCACACCGUGACGUGUACGACACCUACUGCUGCCUCCUGGUGGACGCCGGCACGUCACUUGCUUUCAAGACGCGGGUGAUGGAGCUGCUGCACUUCUACUGCGAGCUGCCAGAGCAAGAGACGACCAAACUGAGAGAAAACCUUGAUCGCAUGGUGGCGGAUUUCUUCCCGCUACGCAGCAGUGAUUUCAUCGUGGGUAGCCCAAAGUACCACGACUAUGUGGCUGCCAUGUCGCAGCUGCUGGAUGUGAUGGAGGUAUCAGGUAGCACCAUGCUUCUGAGACUGGUCAUCAGUAUCGUGUGUAGAGAGAGCAAGCAUGCGAUGCAUGACCAGCUACAGACGUCUCUCUCACGCUUCAUCCACAGACUCUCGGCUGACAAGCAGAAGCUAGCAGCGGAUUCGGGAUACAGCAUUCUCGCAGAGGAAGGAAACUUCCCGGGUGAGAUCCGACGCUCCUGCCUCGACAACGUUGUCCUGCUGCUGCUGCGACAGUGCUGCCACCACGCUGUCGUCGAGUUCUUUCGCUGCCACCUGGUGGAAAUAAUCGGCAUCAUUGAAGCAAAGGUCGUCAAGCUGCCAGAGCGCCAGUAUGAGUCACAGCUCAUCUCUAAGAUCUGCUCCCUGAAGCUGCUGGAGUUGAUGUAUGCGUGUCUACCUAAGGAGGAUGUUUACGGAAAGGAUGCUGCACUCGGCCAGGUAUUCCUCGCAUCUCGUCCGGCUGGCAGCAAAGAGUUGACACCUGUCAUAACCAGGUUGUGUUACGAUGCGUGUCGUGAGGACAUGCGUGGAGAGAGGGCGCUACUGGAGCUACGUCGGCAGUACCACUGCACCGCCUACAACGUGUGCGUCGCGUCGGUGUCUCGCACGAAGACGGAGCCAGUCUAUUACAGCUCGCUGCUGCUGCAGGAGAAUCCAGCCAAGGGCCAGCUGCUGUGGGACAAUAUCAUAGACUGUCACCGGCGCUACGGGUUUGACCGGGAGCUGUCGGCGCCACUGCAGAGAAAACGGCAGUUUGUUGCGAUAAGGACGGCCGUGCGUGAAAUAGAUCGCGAUGCGGAUGGGCAGGGGGCGCCACUGCCGUCGGUGCACUACCUUGCCUCGCAGUACCUCGCUGAUAGCAGUCUGAGCGAAGACCUGAGCAGGUACGACUUCAACGUGUCGACACAGAUACGAGAGAGAGGAGAUCCGAGAGCUGAGAGGAAACCUGAGGGGGAGGCAGAGGAGCAGGAGGAGGAGGCUGCGAUGGAUGUGAAUGAGGAGGAGUCUGGCAGUGCAACGCUGGCAGGAGAUUACGUGGAAAUGGAGAUGGAUGAAUUGAACCAGCAUGAGUGCAUGGCUAGCAUGGUAGCUCUGAUUAACCACCUAGCAACGACCGUCUGUCCCAUACAGGCUGCCUCCUCUCCCGCUCACACACGCUCACACUGUGCCUUCCGUCUGCCGCUCAACAGCGCUACACUCAUGCCACUGGACAACAUGACGGAGCGAUCGCUGGCAUCACGUCUGCUUGAGUUUCUCAUGCGUAACGCACGCCACGCGACGAUGUCGGUCUUCCGCAACAACCUAGAAAUCAUCAAGACGCUGGUGGAAUGCUGGAGAGAUCGCGUGGACGUGCCAUCGCAGGUGAUCUAUGAGAACAUGUGUGCCGGCGACAUCACGAUGAGGGAUAACUCUGUCGGUGUGCAGCUGCUUGGUGUCGUGGUAGCAAACAACCUGCCUCCCUACUCACACACCACCGCUGUUGACAGCGAGAAGUUCUUUCAGGCAAUCGUUAGGUGCCUGGCAAACAAGUACAAGGAGGUGUACGCUGCCGCAGCCGAGGUGCUGGGAAUGAUCCUGCAUCGUAUGGUGGAGCGAGAGGAUGAGGAGGCUGAGGGAGCGCUGCGGGAUGCGGUCGUCACGGCGAUGUCGACGCUGCAUGCUGACGCCAAGCAGAACUUUAUUGUCUGCCUGCAGAAGAUGACGCUGCAUUAUCCUGCCAUCGCGGACAGAGAGGUAAUGACAGCUGUGAGUGACAGGUAUCUGGGACAAGUCUGUGGUGACAGAUUAAUGAGUAAGUUACUCUUCAUGCUGCCCAGUCUGCAAGGUAGCUUCAGAUCUCAGUGUCUUGAGGUGAUCCUAACCCGUGUCGCUCACACGCAAAACCUCUUCCUCGAACUAAAGUCCAAGGGUUUCCUGGGAAUGAUCACUCACAGGGAUGAAGCGACCCAGCUUGCAUCGCUGCACAUCACCAACGCCUUGCUGAGCAGUCUCUCACCAGGGGAGCUGCUGUUCCUGCUGCCGGCUGUCACAUCGAUCGGCACGCACCCCCGCGCGCCGUGCCGUCAGCUGAUGUACGACAUUCUCAUGUGGGUCUACGACAGCUACAGGGAUAGUGAGGGAGAGGAGGAAGAUAAGUUGGCAUCACUAGCGAGGGACAGUCUACUGCAGGGAUUGAAUGACAGUGACGAUUCACUCAGGAUGAUCGUCACAAAUUUCUGGAGUCAUGCGACGCGGCUGCCGACACAAACUCUCCCGCGACUGCUCGCCAUCGCGCAGACGCUCUACUCCCCAGCAACGGAGCCUCACUUCCUUAGUUACGCGACCUACCUGCUGCUGCAGCUCACCUCUCUCAGUCCUGACUACAAGGAGCUGGUCUUCACACAACCACUGUCCGACUGUAAAUUCCAGGAUUACAACAUUGCGACAUCAUGGCAGAGUCGACAUGCCGCGCUCACACCACUGUUCACCGAGACACAAGCAUCGCAAGCGUCCUCUACGCAGCAGACGGUGGCUGCGGCGAUGCAGACAGGAGAGAUCAGGGCGACUCAAGUGGUGCCAGAGUUCACGGCCACACAGGAUGUCGCUGGAGGCAGGAGCACGUAUAACUGGCUGACGCAGAGCAGCAGCAUCGACACAUUCGCCGAUCAGUCUCUCUCCUCCGUCUCCUCCAUCUCCUCCUCCUCCUCAUCCUCUCCCUACUCUUCACCGUCGGCCGAUCACCACGAAACGCCAACUGAAGCCAAGCGGCGGGGAGCCACGGGGGAGGAGCCCAGAGAGGAAGCCUCUGCUGCUGGGGGAGGAGACGACGUCAUGCGGCUCCGAAGGAGAUUCCUGAAAGAUCAGGAGCAGACGAGAGUGUUCUUUGCACGGCGGGAAGCCCGGAGGAAGCAGCGGCGGGAGGAGGCGGAGACACUGAGCAGGCAGCGGAGGGAGGGACAGGACAUGUACAGGAAGUACAGGAUAGGAGUGCCUGACGUGCAGAUCCAGUUCUGCCAUCUCAUCUCACCACUGCAAGCUCUAGCACAGAGGGACGCGCGUGUGGCUCAGCUGCUGUUCAGCUCUUUGUGUGACGGCGUCGUGCGCCGGGCCGGCGACACUGCGACAGAGAGGGAUGUCGACGCGACGAUGGAGAAGCUGAGCGAGGCGGUCUCCGUCAUGGCUUCCUCUUCCACGAGUUACUUCUCCCCGUUCAUCGGCUGCCUGCUGGAUGUCUGCUACAGGAACAUCAGCAUACUGCGGUUAGACCCAGCAGUAGUGACGACAGUCAGUCAGACCAGCAUGCAGCAAAACCUGGGUAUUGUCCUAUUGGAGAAGAUGUUAAUGCAGGGUGCCUGCGAUGAUGAGAGCAGGCCUGCUAAGCGCAUGCGUGCAGGCUCCGGGAUGGGCGUGUCACAGCACACUGAUACCUGGAUAGAACUGGCCAGGCUGUACAAAUCUCUCGGUGACUACGACACUCUCCACGGAAUCUUCAACGAUAAGAUUGGUACGCAGACCUGCACACAGGAGGCGCUGCAAGCAGAGGCAAGCUGCGACUACAAGCUUGCACGCAAGCUCUACCAGAGGGCACUGGAGAUGGAGUGGGGAGAGAGCGAAGGACCGGGUCAGGGGGAGCGCGACCUGUGGGAUAUCUCCCUCAUGCAGUGCCUGGAUCGCCUUACCGACUGGACAGCUCUGGAUGCACACACAAAGGAGUGCUUAAUACCAGAGGGCAGCAGCGAGGCAGACCUGCAACUGCUGUGGGAGGACACGUACUAUGAAGAGAAUCACCUCCCGUUCGUGAUGCGCGCACGCCUCAAGAGGUUGCUAGUGGAGGGAGCGCGUGAUCAGACGCUGCUGUCGUUUGUCGACGCGGCAACGGGGCAUCCCGAUCGCAGGGCCGUGAUUGAGACGUGGCAUGGGGAGGAGCUGGCACUGCUCUACAUCGUACAGGGGGACUACACGCGCGCACGCCACCAUGCCGCGCGCUGUCUGCAGGCGUUCCUGCGCGACUGGGCAUCCCUGGAUGCGCUCAUGCUGGCAAGCCGGGCCGCGAGACUCCGCAGCCUGCAGAAACUCACCGAGAUGAACGAAUUCCUCGACGCCAUCACCGCCACGCCCGAUGCCUUCACGCGCAACGACACCGCGAGGGCGCUAGUAGACCGCUGGAUGGAUCACAUGCCACAUCCGACCCUUGACCCCGUCUCCAUCUGGGAUGACACAGUCAUCAAUAGGUGUCUGUACAUGGACCAUCUAUCAAGGCAUUUCCAUGGCAACCAGCCCGCGGGCAGCGAUCCUUUUCUUGAGCAGAAGUUUAAUCUAUUUCUCGCCUAUCAGCAGAGCGCCAUGCAGCAGCGCAACCCCCAGGUGGCGCUCAAACACCUCCGCACGACCAAUCAGCUGUUGAAGAAGCUGGACUCUGAUUCGCUGGCGGUGCAGUGGACGCACAGUUACGUGCGCACCUGGCAGCAGAUAGCCACGGGUCACCAGCGCGACUCCGCUGACCGCCUUCAUAGACUGCUGGACACCAUCAAGGAACUAGACAAGCACGCUGGUAAGGCAGUGCUGCACCAGCAGCGAGGCUUGGCGAGGGAGAACCUACUGUUGAAGGGUCGCUCUAUAGAGGCGGUGGCGCGGGAGGUGCUUACGCGGCCUGCCAGCCUGCAUACGCUACCUGCAGCCACACGGGAGAAGCUAUCCCUAGUCGCGGGAGCUCGGGAGCACGACCACACCGCGCUUGUGUCAGGACUCAUCAGCGCUGGCUUCCGGGAGCUCCGGGAAGCCGUUGAUGUCGGUGACGAGGAGGAAUCGUCAGCAUCCCUCGCCUCCUCCCCAUCCGCAGCUCACGUCGCGAUGGCAAGCUACUGCGACUACUUCCUGCGUGUCCGGGAGGACGAUGGCACCACCGUCUUGCCAACCGAUGGCUACGCUGAGACAGUGAUCACGUCGCUGCUUCGCGCGAUGGCGCUGGGGUCGUCCGAGGCAAGAGACAGCUUCCCACGGCUACUGCAGCUAGUGGACCUGUACCCUGACACACUACCCCUGCUCACUAGCAAGGUGGAGAGCGUGCCAUGCUGGAUGUUCAUCGGCUGGAUCAGUCAGAUGGUGGCGUUGCUAGACAAGCGUGAAGCAAGGGCAGUGCAGGGAAUCCUGCUCUCCAUCGCUGAGUCCUACCCACAGGCACUGAUCUACCCUCUAAACCUCAGUCGUGAACACUACACGUUUACUGUUGACGCAGCGGGAGCGGAGGCUGAAGCCUACCUACACAGACUGCUGGCUACUCUCUCUACCUGCAUGGACAUGUCUCAGCUUCAGCAGCUGGUGGCUUCCCUGGAGCAGCUCAGCUCUCCGCACAUGCUCUUCAGCGACUUUGUGGCCGACGCACGGCCGCUGCUGAUGACGCGACGCGCCGACUUCCCCGCGCGAUUCCGUAAGAUCUACGCGAGCCUGUUUGACACCACCAGGAGGAGCCAGGAGGAGCCAGGCGGGAGAGGGCGCUACUGGAGUGUCUUCACGAGGACAUGGGCGAGAGAAGUAGAGGAGAAGUGUGGGCGCGAUGGCAGCAAGCUGCUAGCGAUGGCGGCAGCUGACGCGAACCAGGUCUUGUCGGCUCUCGGCAAGGAAAUGAAGACGAAGGCUGCGGAUUCACCGGGCAACCUAAAGGAGUAUUCCACGUGGCUCACAGACUUCCACAGUUCGCCAGCCACCUGCCAGAUAGAAAUACCUGGUCAGUAUAGAGGUAGGAGCAAGCCGAUGCCGGAGUAUCACGUGAAGAUCGCUGGCUUCGAUGAGAAGGUGCUUGUGAUGAAGUCGCUGCGGCUGCCGAAGCGCAUCACGAUACGCGGACACGACGAGAACGAGUACAUGUUCCUCGUUAAGGGAGGCGAGGAUCUCAGACAGGAUCAGAGGCUGGAGCAAUUGUUCGACAUCAUGAACCGAAGUCUAGAUGCAGACGCUGCCUGCCGCCAGAGGGCGCUACGUCUUAGGACCUACGCUGUUGUGCCCAUGAGCACCAGGCUUGGACUGUUGGAGUGGGUGCCUAGAACCAAACCUCUGAAGCAGUUAUUGCAAGAGGCGAUGACUCAGCAACAGUAUGACGCCUACUACAGCUACAGCAUGAAUCCAGUCGAACACUUCAACAAGUGGGCAGCUACAGCUCUAACUGCGUCUGAGAGCAAGAGGGCAGCCAGCCAUGUUAAGCUGUAUGCUAGGACGUUCGUCCAGUGCUCUAAGUCAGACACCGUCCGGUCGUUUAGAGAGAGAGAGAGCAUGGUGCCCCCAGAUCUGCUCAGGCAGGCCUUCCUGCGUCUCAGCGCCUCUCCGGAAGCCUUCCUUGCGCUGCGCACGCACUUCAUAAAGUCUCACGCUACGCUGAGCGUCUGUCACUACGUCGUCGGCGUCGGUGACCGCCACCUCUCCAACUUCAUGGUCAGCCAGGAGGACGGCGGCAUGGUCGGCAUCGACUUUGGCCAUGCCUUCGGCCACAGCCACCCCAGGUGCUGCCUCCCUAUACCGGAGCUGAUGCCAGUGCGGCUGACGCGGCAGUUCCUGCAGCUGCUGCUGCCGCACGAGGGCCAGCGACGUGGCCUGCUCUACCAGACGAUGGUGCACACGCUGCGAGCGCUGCGUGACAACCACCGACUGCUGCUUAACACUCUCGAUGUGUUCAUCAAGGAGCCGUCCAUCGACUGGAAGGCAACUGCAGAAAGGUUAGCAGACAAGGAUAUACAUUCCAAUGAAUCGGAUCAAGGAGAGCAGGUGCAGGAGUGGUACCCAAAACAAACAAUAGGUGUCGCCAGGAGCAAGUUGAUUGGGGCUAACCCAGCUCAUAUCACAAAAGCGGAGUUGGCACUCGGUCACAGAAAGCAUGAGGCAUUAAAACAAAUGACCAACGUUGUUCUCGGUGACCCACGCUCGGAUCUGCGUGCCCAGCUGCCACCAGAGGGCCUCACAGUCGAGCAGCAGGUGCAGUGCAUCAUAGAGCAGGCUACAGAACCCAGCUUGCUUGGUCGCACGUGGGUCGGUUGGGAGCCGUGGAUGUGAUUCAUCCAACCGCCUGGUGUACAUAGCGCUGCGAAACAAACGUUCCGUAGUGAAUGUUGCGCUAUAGCUAGAACUGCACAUGUGUCAAUAUAAUAAGAUGUAUACACAAAUACAUAUAUUUAUGUACACAUGCACAGACACACGCACGCACGCACGCACACACACAUACACACCAAGCAAACAAGGAAACACUGACGUACAUAUACAUACGUACGUUGAGAAAUACAUAGCAAGCUAGAGAUAGAUAAAUAGGAGACAGAGAGAGAGAGAGAGAGAGAGAGAGAGAGAGAGAUAGAGAGAAGGGAAAAGAAAGCGAGAGAAUAGAUAUGUUCAUGCUAGGACUCCAUGAUUAGAUAUUAUUUUUCAUUAUGUACAAAUUUUCACUAGUAUAUAAUUCUGUGACGUUUAUCAAUGAGCUGAAACUAUACCUAGAAAGCUGGCAUGUUACCAAUUGUUGCACAUGAAUGGUGUACACUGUGAUAAACAAAUAUAAUGUCAUUAUCAUUCAUUUCAAAACCAAUUGAAAGUCGAUUAGUGUGUUUUGUGAUUAAUACAUAUAGAAUUAGAUGCUUCUGUGUUGCAAAGUUUUGCCUAAAUAAACAUACCUGCCGAAAGUA